AUGACCCAACUUUUAACAGGCCAUGGUUGCCUGUAUACUUACUUGUAUCGUAUUGGCAAGGCAAGCACUCCAAUUUGCCCCUUCUGUGAUGAAGAGGAGGAUUCGGCAGAACAUACAAUCCAGAGAUGUUCUGUAUGGAACGCUGAAAGGGAGCUGCUAACAUCUGAGAUUGGCGAGGACUUGUCCCUGCAGACGAUCGUAGAAAAGAUGUGUGAAUCAGAAGAAGGAUGGCUGGCAUUUAACAACUUUGCAGAGGGAGUCAUGUUCCAAAAGGAAGAGGACAAGAAAAAGAGCGUCUCCUUAUCUACGAUGACGACGAUGACGAUGAAUAAACUUUUUUUUUUUUGGUAA